AUCUUUGUAGAUGAACUUUGUAGUGGAAACUCAUCGAGGCGCACAAUCCUCCCGAAUAAUUCGUUCACAUCGAUUAAUUUGUUUCGUUUAUUAUUGACGUGGCCGCAUCGCGGUCAGGACACCGCACAUUUUGGCUUGUUCAACGGCACUUUAACUGACUAAUAAGUGCCUUGUUACGCGAAAUUAGCUUGCGUCGUUAUCACUAAAGCGAAUUUAUUUCCAAUAACAGAUAAAAUCCCGGAUAAAAUUUUAUUGCAAAACAAAGAGAAAACCGGUACACUUAGAGUUGUCUAAAGUUGGAAAAUUUUCCCCCAAUUUGGGUUUUGUUAUUAUUACGGAAGAUUUUUUGGAAAGAUAGAAAGUUCAAUCCUUAUAGGAAAAAAAUACAAAAAUCUAGUAUUUUAUUCUCCCGAAAGAUUCCCUGUAAAAUAUUAACAAAAAUUUUGUAGAUUGUCUAUUAAUACAUUAAAGUUUCUGUAUAAAAUUUGAAUGUAAUUCUUUGUUACUAGUUUAAAAAUUAUUUAAUUUUUUAUUUUAUAUAUAUAUAUAUAUAUAUAUCGUUUUGAUUUUUAUAAAAAUCGCGUUUUGUAGUACUUAUCUGAUGACGAAAUAACAUAUGUAGAAUUGAGUCAAUUUUUAUACAUAUAUUAAUAAAACUUUAAUACAAAUAUAACUUUAAUAAAUAUAAUAACUUUAAGAAAUCUAAUAAAACUGUAAUAAAUAUUUGUGCAAAAAAUUAUUUGAAUUUACCUACUCGUUUAGAAGUUAUUCAUUUACUUAAAAACUGCAGCAGAAUAAAAUCAUUUUUGCUGUACGAGUCAUUUAUAAAUUUUUCAUCGUUUUCUUCUUUGCAGCUGAUUUCAAAGUCAAAAUUCCAGUAUUUAUAGUCAAAAUCUUUUGUCAUCGUUUAGAAAAAAAAGGUACAAACCUAAGAAGCCUGCAAUUUUUCAAUAUUAAUAACUUUUAUCCGAUUUCGGCAGGGCCGAAACAUCCUUGAAACGAUAUCUCGUGAUUGCAGUGAGAGCGGGAAGUUAAUCGCGAGGCGAUUCCAAGAACGCAAACAGCCCUCGUGCUCGAGGGCGGAAAAUUGCUCUUCUCUCCCUCGUCCGCGCCGAAAAUCGUCAUUUCGCGAGCGCGAUCGAUUUCGAUCCCGACGUCCCCGGCCAGCCGUGAUCGUCGUGUCGCACGCCGAUCAGUAGAACUCUAGAAGGGGGUCAUCAUACGAGGCCGCCGAGCGGCAGGCCAGCGCCGGCAACACCAGUACACGGGUGUCGUUCUGCGCGGACUGAACGGAAGGAGCGAGCGUGGAGAGGCGCGCGUCGGAGGACCACACGAGAGAAAGACAGAGAGAGAGAGAGAGAGAGCGGCGUCGCCGUCGCGCCAUAUCGUUCGUAAAUAAACGACGAAACGCACAGUCGCGACGCGCCGUCGUACCGCACGGGUUUUCGCGCGCAACGGGGUGCAACGCGAGAGGGUUUCUUUUUCCUUUUUCUUUUCCAACAACACCGAGAGGGUUUUGCACGGGAGGAUUUUCCAGUUUUCAUCACCGGCAUCGUCCACGGGAAUACACGGAUACGACUGCGAUCACGAGAUAAUAGCGGCCGGCUCAAAAAUUACUUGAUGCGCUGAGGAUGCGCCGUGAUUUCUGCAACGGUGGGCUUGCCUGCGCCGUUGUGUGGGUGUCGUCGACUUGUCUGCUGCUCGUCCUCUCGCUGUCGACAUCGACCACCGCCGAGCCGUUGCUGAUAGCCGCCGGUCGAUGCCCAGCCCUCGUCGAACAGAACGUGUGCCCGUCGAGAGCACCGGCCUGUGAGAAUGAUUACCAGUGCCAGGGCACGCCGAAGGAACGCUGCUGCAGGACCGCGUGCGGCCUCCGUUGCGUCGCGGGCGAGCUGACCGGAUGCGAGCAGCUGGCAUUGGCAGCCGUGAGGAGGUCGCGGGCCCUCGGCGCCCGCGGCCCCUCGCAAUUCGUGCCGCAAUGCAACAACGUAACCGGUGAGUUCGAGAGGAUACAGUGCGAUCCGCAUGGACGCAGCUGCUGGUGCGUCGACGAGAUCGGCGCCGAGGUACCCGGCACCAGAGCGCCUAGCAAGAACAUCAUCGACUGCGACAAGCCCCGCAACUGCCCGGCUCACACCUGUCGGAUGCUCUGCCCCUUGGGAUUCGAAAUCAAUGAGGUCACCGGAUGUCCCAAAUGCGAGUGCAGGGAUCCCUGCCGCGGCGUAACCUGUCCGGGAGCUGGACAGACGUGCGAGCUAAUCGCCGUGAGUUGCUUUCGGGAGCCGUGCCCGCCGGUACCCAGCUGCCGGAAGACCAGAUCCUUAUCGACAAUCUGUCCGGCAGGCGAACCCUUGCAGAUCACCGAUUCGCCGCGGCCGUUCCUCUGCGGCGACACCCCAGGUAAACCGACCUGUCCGCCGUUGUACAGCUGCCUGGUAGAGCCCAAGCAGGAGUACGGGGUCUGCUGUCCGUCCAACGUGAGGCUACAGCGGCCUGGCACGUGCCCCGCGGAGAACUCGACGACGAAUUCGUGCGGGCCCAUCUGUCGCUACGACCUCGAGUGCCCCGGGCCCCAAAAGUGCUGCAGCAACCAAAAUUGCGGCGGUAACGUGUGCACGAUACCCCGGGACCUCAGCGCGUGCCAUCGCGGUCGCAUGCUCGCCGAGAUACUCAGCGUCUCCGAGCGCCAGGGUCGCGGCUACAUUCCGCAGUGCACGGAAGACGGAGGUUUCGAGACCAGGCAGUGUUCGAGAAACGGCCUUGUUUGCUGGUGCGUGGACGACGAAGGUAGAAAGAUAUCCGGUUCGAUGGGCCCCGCCGAGAAGAUUGAUUGUAGAUCGAUAGGCAAGGCACGCUCGCUUCCGGCGUCCUGCACGUUUCAGCAGUGCGCCCAGGUCUGCCAGUACGGCUUCAAAACGGACGCUUCCGGUUGCCCGACCUGCGAGUGCGACGAUCCGUGCGAGGGAUUUCCAUGCCCCGAGGGACAAGAGUGUGUUCUAAAGCAGGAGAAUAGCUGUCCCGAUUUUCUCUGCCCUACAAAACCGGAAUGCAAGCCCAAGAAGACCUACAAGAACCCUUGCAUCUUUGGCACACCUCUGAUCGAUCAAGGCGGAAACGCGGUGACUUGUACCACUAACGAAACUUGUCCUGACGGCUACAAGUGCACAAUGAUACUGGAAGCCGGCCAGUCGGUGUGCUGUAUGGAGGCAUCAAAUCCCGCAAAGGCACCCACAAUGUGCGAGUACCUGCGGGAUUUCAAUGAUCGCAUGGAGGGUACGAGAGAGGGAAUGUCCCUGGCAAUCCCGGCGCCUGAGUGCGAGCAGGACGGCGGCUACAGGUCUCUGCAGUGUCACAACGGCACUAGCUGCAAAUGCGUGAAUCAUCGCGGGGUGAUCCUAAAGACUGGACUGGAGCCGACCGCUUUGGCCGACUGCGAGGCCAUCCGAGAGCUCACGCGGAUCUGCAAGCGUCUGUACUGUAAUCUGAUCUGCCCGUACGGCUACGAGGUGGACGCGGCCGGUUGCGAACAGUGCCGCUGCCACGAGCCGUGUCGUGACGUCACCUGCGGCCCGCACGAGACCUGCACGAUGAUCGACGUGAACUGCGGCCCGAACGAGUACUGUCCGGCGGUGCCGGCGUGCUUGACGACCAAACCGGGCCAGUGCCCGUACCUGGUGCCAAGCUCAUCGAGCUGUGAGCUUCAAUGCAGCAACGAUCAGGAGUGCUCGUCCGGCGACAAGUGUUGCUCGACCGGCUGCGGCACUCAGUGCGUCGCCCCGGUCAUGGCCACGGCCUGUCAGCACGCUCGCGCGGUCGCCGAGCACGCCGCUCGGGAGUCGGGCGAGCCCGCGAGGAGGAUUUACAUACCGAGGUGCGACGCGAACGGCGCGUUCGAGCCGGUGCAAUGCCACAACGGUAUGUGCUGGUGCGUGGACGAGGAGGGAAAGGAGGCGGCGGGUACCCGGGUCCUCGAAGGCAUUGUGCCGCGCUGCAGCACGCCCCAGAGGUGCCCGGAGAUCGACUGUAAGCUCGACUGCCCGGACGGCCUCGAGCUGGACGCGGACACGGGCUGUCCAAUGUGCUCGUGCCGCGACCCGUGUCGCAGCGUGACCUGCCGCGGCGAGAACGAGGCCUGCCGGAUGGUGGAGGUAGCGUGUAGCGCGCCGCCGUGUCCCCCGGUGCCGGUCUGCCUGCCGAAGAAGGACAAUCCGUGCCCAAAUAGCUCGCCGUUGCUCGAUCAAAACGGCUCGGUCGCCACUUGCGGCCCGCACGGCCAUCAAUGCCCGUCGACGCACAAGUGCGAGCUGUCACCGCUGGACGAGUACGCGGUGUGCUGCCCGAAACCGCGAGAGGUUUGCUUCGAGCCACCCCGUAGAGUGCCCUGCGGCAAUCCGGGCGGGGGCUUCAACGAGACCGAGAGGUGGUUCUUCGAUCCGGAGCGCAACGAGUGCCGGCGCAAGCACGAGUGCACCCUCGGCCACAACGACUUCUCCAGCCGGCUGGUGUGCGACACCGUGUGCCCGGUCCUGUCGCAGUGCGAGAGGCUGCGCGAGAAGAAUCUCAAGCGGUCUCAGCGGCUCAAGCAGCCCACCUUCCUCCCCAAGUGUAAUCCCGACAGCGGCACGUGGGAGCCGGUGCAGUGUCUCGAGCAUGUUGGCGUCUGCUGGUGCGUGAAUCGUAAGGGCCAGCCGGUCAAGGGCUCGCUUACUCGCUCCGCCGAGCCCAAGUGUAACUUCCGGCAGGCGAGGCGCGGCGGCGGCAGGAGACCCGAGUCGCCGCAGGAAAUAGAUCAUGAGAUUCAAGCGAUCAUGGAGGACGCCCUGCUUAACAUGGAAACACCGGACGAGCGACAAGCGGGAAAGAUCCUCGGGACCAGGUGCCAGGCGAUGAAGGACAGAGGUCACGUACCGGCGAUAUGCGAUCCGCAGGGUAGAUUCGAGCCGACGCAAUGCGCAGCCGAUACUUGCUGGUGCGUGGACGAAGCGGGCAAUCAACUGAUCGGAUCCGAGCCGUUUUUGAAGGGAACGAGCAUUUGCCUGCCCACUCCAGUCGAUGCUGUUGACGUGACACUACGUUUCCCCGGUCGAUUCCUCGCGACCGACGAGACGCGAUUUGCUCGUGAGGGCGAGAAUUUUCUACACGAGCUCGGCGCGAGGCUUCGGAAAGGAGUACAGGUGGACAUCAAUCAGGAUUCGGCAAUCUUGAGCUUCGAGAUCAUCGGCGCGAACAAAGUGGACGUGGCGUUCCACUUGGAAGAGCUUACGCGAAUCCAGAAGCUGUCCAUGCUGGGCUCGUUCGCGGAUGCGACGACCUCGCGCUUCACGCAUCGCUCCACACCCGUGGCGACGCAGAGCCGGAUCGUCGCGUUGGAGCAACGUGAGAUCCUUACGCAAAUGGAAACGCCGUUUUACCAGACGGCAACUGUCGUGCUCGCGGCGAGUAGCGCCUUCGUCAUCAGUAGCCUCGUCAUUCUGCUGAUGUUAUAUCGAAAAAAGAUGAAGCUAAAGGAUUCCACGAAGGCGUUUUCUAUGGACCAACAUUUUCUCGCUUAUAGCCAACAGCCAGUUUACGUGAUAUCAGGAUCAGAGCAAAAUGAGAAGGAAAAGGAGAUCGCGGCGCAGCAAAUCCUAGAGAAUAUUCAUACAUCGGACACGAUCGUCGGAGCAUAAAACAAUUCAAUACUUUUUACUUUUAGGUAAUUUGCACCUUGUGCGAUAGUGACUCUUAAAUCUUUUUUUCCAGGAGUACUCAAAGUAGCAAUUUAUGAAGAAUAUAAUGAGUGUAAAGGGACACGUCAGUCAAAAUCCUUCGAAGCGCAUAGAUUUACCAUUUCUGAAGAUUAUAAUCGCACGGUAAUUCUUUAUUUUUUACGUCUUUUCUCCUAUUUCCCUAAAAUUUUUUUACAAGACGAAUAACGUAAUCGGUAAGCAGAUAAUUUUUUCGUAAAAAGAUUGGAACUGUAGAGACUUUCCUAAGACAAGGUCUCGUUUUCGAAAAAUUUUUUUAAUAAUUAGAAAAAUAUAUUUAUGCUUUUGCAACUUUUAAUAUUUUUAAUGAUUUUAUAUCACGUAGCCGAAUUUGUUUUAAACUGUCAGUCUCGACUACUAGUAAACAGAAUCAUUAGUGCAACUGGAAACGCGAAUUAAUAUCGUACACGGUACAGCAUACAUCGUAGUCAAAACAAUGUCAUGUAUGUUUCACUGUCAAUCUCGCCGUAUAAUUUAUUGUCCACACGAGAUUCAUCAUUAUGAUCCAUAGACUUGACGAUCAAACGAAUGCAUCGCAUGCGACACUUUACAGAUAAGGUUUUAUCUAUAUAUAUGUAGACAACCAUUAAGACUUAUUUUAUGAUAUUGUUCAUGUAACGUAAAUUUAUAAAUCGUUUGUAAAUGUACUUGAGCAAUUCUGACACAAUAUUAUACACAUAGCUGAUUCGAAAAUAUUAAUCCACGCUUCUCUGAAAUAAGGUAUAGACUAAACGAUCUUGCGAACUUUUGCGAAAUCGGAAACAUCUACUUGAAUGAGUUUACCGAUGGACAUUAGUUUGAUCGUCGAGGAUCUAGGUAUGGGAACUGAUUUUAUUAUUUUUCAUUGGUACUUGUCUUUAUUACCUCUUUGAUGUGGGAAUUAUUAACGCAAGACUGUCCUCGGUCUGAAAACUCCGAGAUAUAGAGCGUCGUUACGUUAAUACGUCCACACGCGAUUGUAAAUAGAUUAUUAUAUUUAUAGAUUUAUACUGUGUUCGAUUAUUUAUAUAGACGAAUAAAGAUCGGAAUUCUCCUGUUUUCCAACAACAA